GUAGUUGAUGUGUAUAAAUGCGAAGAAGAACAAGAAGAACAAGAAGAUUCUUCCACCAUCAAUAGUUGAAAUCAAAUUUGAGCAGAGCAACAAGAUUGUCUCAAUAAUGUUAAUGUUAAGGUUAAGGUAUGGUCUCUGUGUUCCUUGUUCCAUUCGAAACGUUCUUCUUUGGCGUCACUCUCAUUCCCAGUCUCAGGUUGCGAACCCCAUUGGCGCUGUCAUCUUAUUCAACUGCAUGCUCCACGAGCGUCCCACCCCACCCAUCAACCUAUUCAACAACACUUUAUCAUCCCUCCUCAAGAUCAACCACUUCCCCACCGCAAUUUCCCUCUUCAAACGUUUGCAACUCACCCCAGUCACCCCCGACAUCGUCACUUUCAACAUCAUCGUCAACUGUUUCAUCCAACUCCGACAAACAACCUUUGCCUUUUCCGUGUUCGCCAAGAUUCUCAAAGUGGGUCACCGCCCCAAUACCGUAACCCUAGCGACCCUUAUCGAAGGCAUGUGUCUCAAUGGCCAGGUUAUCCAAGCAAUGCACUUUCAUGACAAGGUCGUAGCUCAAGGGUUGCGCUUGGAGCAGGUUAGUUACAGAAGCUUGAUCUAUGUGUUGUGUAGAAUAGGAGAAACAAGGAAUGCUUUGCAGUUGCUGAGGCGGAUCCAAGGUGGAUUAGUCGAUGUGGUGAUGUACAAUUCAAUCAUUCAUGGCCUAUGCAAAGAUAAACUUGUUACUCAAGCUAAUCAUUUAUAUUUUGAGAUGCUUGGCAAGGGAAUUUCGCCUAGUUUGAUCACCUACACUAAUUUAAUACACGGUUUCUGCGUUUCGAGGCGAUUGAAGGAAGCAACUCAUUUGUUGGCUAAAAUGGUGUCGGAAAACAUCAACCCGGAUGUGUGCACCUUCAAUGUAUUGAUUGAUGGGUUGUGCAAGGAAGGAAAGGUUAGAGAAGUUAAAGCUCUGUUGGCUGUGAUGGUGAAAGCGGGUGUGAGACCUGAUGUUGUUACUUUUAAUUCUUUGAUGUGCGGGUAUUGCUUAGUUUAUAAACUGAGUGCUGCCAAAGUUAUAUUCAACACUAUGGCCCGUAAGGGAGUGAGUCCCGAUGUACAUAGCUAUAAUAUCAUGAUUAGUGGAUUAUGUAAGGUUAAAAUGGUAGAUGAAGCCAUGAUUCUCUUUAAGGAAAUGCAUUGCAAAAAUAUGGUUCCCACUGUAAUAACUUAUAGAACACUUAUUUAUGGUUUGUGCAGAUCAGGGAGGAUGUCUUGUGUUUGGGAGCUUGUUGAGGAGAUGCAUGAUAGAUGUCAACCUGUUAGUAUAUUCACGUACAAUUCUUUAUUCGAUGGUUUAUGCAAAAACCAUAAUCUAGAUAGGGCAAUUGCAUUAUUGAAGAAAAUUAAAGAACAGAGAAGUCAACUGGAUGUGUAUUCAUACACACUAAUCAUUGAUAGCCUGUGCAAGGAUGGAAGACUUGCGAAUGCACGAGAGGUUUUUCAGUAUCUUUUGAUUAAAGGCUAUCAUCUAGAUGUUUCGACAUAUAUUGUGAUGAUCAAUGGAUUUUGUAGAAAGGGCUUUUUUGGUGAAGCUUUAGCCUUUCUGUCAAAAAUGGAAGAUGCUGGUUGCAUUCCCAAUGUUGUAACGUAUGAGAUAAUUAUCCGUGCUCUCUUAGAAAAUGAUGAGAAUGACAAGGCAGAGAAACUUCUCCGUGAAAUGAUUGCUAGAAGGCUAUUCCAAGAGCAAAACUAGGUAAGACGCUUGCUAGUUAUGCGUGAAGUUAUUCUACAUUUUGAUGACGACCAUUCGCAGCCAACAUUAGUACAGCAGAAGAUCAUCCACCAAAAGCUGCACUUCAAAAUGCUAUUAUUUCCUCAAACACCAAAGAAUACAUGCAGUUUAUCAUUAGCCUUCCUACAAAGGAACUUCAUGUUUACAUCACUUCUUACUUCACAGACGUGAUGGAAAAUGCAGUUGGCAAAAGACCCAUCUAAAUGUACAUAGACAAGAAGCCCUUUUCAAGUUCCAUGGUUCCUCCUUUUGGAAGCAUGAAAGAAAUAUACAUCACCUAUAUGACAGCUUCAGCAAACACAUUGUUUACUCUGCAGGCUUUAGACAUACAUAUCUCUGUUUGUUACCAUGAGUUCUCUUUUUUUAUUAACUCUGUAUACACUUUGGCCUUCGUGUUUUCUUUUGUACAUGUAGUGGAAAGUUUGUUACAACUAAAGUUGGCAUUUGGAGUGCUUGUAGAGACCCUUGUCUACCAUAUCAGUAUAACUGGGAUUGGAUACAAUAAAC